AUGGACGCAGCGGACAUUGCUGCGUCUGCGUUGAUUUUGGGGAUUAUCGUCGUGUCGCUGCUGUCCAACGUGCUGGUGCUGAUCUGCUUUCUGUACAACCCGGAGAUCCGCAAGCAGGUACCCGGGCUUUUCAUCCUCAACCUGACGUUUUGCAACCUGUUGCUGAGCGUGUCCAACAUGCCACUUACUCUGGUCGGGCUCGUCGCCACGGAGCACCCCGGAGGAGGCAUCUGCCAGGUGGUGGGCUUCCUCGACACCUUCCUCACCACAAACUCAAUGCUCAGCAUGGCAGCUCUCAGCAUCGAUAGGUGGGUGGCGGUGGUGUUCCCGCUCAGCUACCACUCAAGAAUGCGGCACAGGGACGCAGUGCUGGCGCUGGGAUACACUUGGAUCCACUCGCUUUGCUUCGCUUUGGUGGCCACCUGUCGCUCCUGGGUGGGCUACAGCCAGCUUUACGCAUCGUGCACCCUCUGCAGUGCCCGCGCCAAAGGAGCUGGGACGCAGUUCCUGGUUUUCACGGUGGCUCUGCACGCUCUCACGUUCCUUCUCACACUGGUUGUGAUGUGUGUAACCUACCUGAAAGUGCUGAAAGUGGCGAGGUUUCACUGCAAACGCAUCGAUGUGAUCACUAUGCAGACGUUGGUGCUGCUGGUGGAUAUUCACCCCAGUGUUCGCCAGAAAUGCCUGGAGGAGCAGAAGCAACGGAGGCAGAGGGCCACCAAGAAGAUCAGCACGUUCAUUGGCACAUUCGUGGUUUGCUUCACACCUUAUGUCAUUACAAGGAUUGUGGAGCUCUUCUCCCCAGAGUCUAUACGUCCUCACUGGGGCAUCUUGUCCAAAUGUUUGGCCUACAGCAAGGCAGCGAGCGACCCAUUUGUCUACUCGCUGCUGCGUCACCAGUACAAGAAGACCUGCAGCUUUCUGGUCAAUAAAGCCCUGAAGAGGAGUCCUCUUAACGCCUCCCACGUUAGGAUAGAAAGCAAAGCAGGGAGGAACUCAAACAACUACAACUCAACAAGCAACACUCAGUCAUCACUCAACAAACUCAACCCAUGAAGGCAGUCCCAUUCAGAGACAUUCAGACUGCAGGUGAUGGUGUAGCAAUACACCACACAACUGU